AUGCCCAACUAUGUGAAGUUUUUGAAGGAUAUUUUAACUAAGAAGAGGAGACUUGGAGAAUUUGAAAUGGUGACUUUGACUGAAGGUUGUAGUGCUAUAUUGAAGAACAAAAUUCCUCCUAAAUUGAAAGAUCCAGGCAGCUUCACAAUUCCUUGCUCUAUUGGUGGUAGAGAUGUUGGUAGAACGCUUUGUGAAUUGGGGGCUAGUAUUAAUUUGUUGCCCAUGUCGAUUUUCAAGAAUUUGGGGAUUGCUAAAGCAAGACCAACCACAGUCACUUUGCAAUUAGUAGAUCGAUCUAUGGAACAUCCAAAAGGAAAGAUUAAGGAUGUACUUGUGCAAGUUGAUAAAUUCAUUUUUCCGACUGAUUUUAUCAUUCUUGAUUAUGAAGCGGAUAGAGAUGUUCCUAUUAUCUUGGGUAGGACAUUUCUAGCUAUAGGGAGGACUUUGAUUGAUGUACAAAACUGGGAGCUUACUAUGAGGGUGAAUGGCCACAGGUGA